GGUUAAACCAGGUAGGAAGUCAGUUCAGGAGCAGCAAACAGCAGCACAGUGAGCAAAUAUGUCCAACACCAGCAUGAACAUGGGCAGGGCCACCUUCUAUGAGGACAGGAACUUCCAGGGCCGCUCUUAUGAGUGCAGCUCCGACUGCCCUGACAUGUCCUCCUACAUGAGCAGGUGCCAAUCCUGCAGGGUUCAGAGCGGCUGCUUCAUGGUGUACGAGCGCCCCAACUAUAUGGGAAACCAGUACUUCAUGAGGAGGGGAGAGUACUCAGACUAUCAGAGUAUGAUGGGAAUGAGCGAUGGUAUCAGGUCCUGCCGCAUGAUCCCCAUGCACCGUGGAAACUUCAGGAUGAGGAUCUACGAGAGGGAGAACUUCGGAGGUCAGAUGCACGAGAUGAUGGACGACUGUGACUCCAUCCAGGAGCGUUACCGCAUGUCCGACUGCCAGUCCUGCAACGUGAUGGACGGCCACUGGCUGAUGUACGAGCAGCCCCACUUCAGAGGAAGGAUGAUGUACAUGAGGCCUGGAGAGUACAGGAGCUUCAGGGAUAUGGGCAUGGGAAUGGGAGGCAUGAGCGGUGGCAUGAGGUUCAUGAGCAUGAGGCGUAUCAUGGAUAACAUGACUAUAAUGACCACCACCGGCAUGAACAUGGGAAGAGCCACCUUCUACGAGGACAGGAACUUCCAGGGCCGCUCUUAUGAGUGCGGCUCCGACUGCCCUGACAUGUCCUCCUACAUGAGCAGGUGCCAAUCCUGCAGGGUUCAGAGCGGCUGCUUCAUGGUGUACGAGCGCCCCAACUAUAUGGGAAACCAGUACUUCAUGAGGAGGGGAGAGUACUCAGACUACCAGAGUAUGAUGGGAAUGAGCGAUGGUAUCAGGUCCUGUCGCAUGAUCCCCAUGCACCGUGGAAACUUCAGGAUGAGGAUCUACGAGAGGGAGAACUUCGGAGGUCAGAUGCACGAGAUGAUGGACGACUGUGACUCCAUCCAGGAGCGUUACCGCAUGUCCGACUGCCAGUCCUGCAACGUGAUGGACGGCCACUGGCUGAUGUACGAGCAGCCCCACUUCAGAGGAAGGAUGAUGUACAUGAGGCCUGGAGAGUACAGGAGCUUCAGGGAUAUGGGCAUGGGAAUGGGAGGCAUGAGCGGUGGCAUGAAGUUCAUGAGCAUGAGGCGUAUCACUGAUAUGUGCUAG